AUGGGCGAGCACUCAGCAAUCUGGCAAAGCUAUGUCGACUCCAGCCUGAUGGGCUCGGGUCAAUUCGACAAGGUUGGCAUUCUCGCCGCCGACUUCUCCGGCGUUGAGGCCUCCUCACCCGGCUUCGCGCUCUCCCAGGAGGAGAUCAACUCUUUGAUCACCGCCUACACCUCUAGCGACCAGGCUUUCGCCAAUGGCUUUUCCGUUUGCGGCGAGAAGUUCGUCACUAUUAAGGCCGACGAGCGCUCUCUAUACGGCAAGAAGGGUAAGGAGGGUGUCAUCGUUGCCCGUGCCUCCUCUUGCACCAUCAUCGGCCACCACAGCGAGGCUGUCCAGACCACCAACGCCGCCACCGUUGUCGAGAACCUCGUCGACUACCUCAACAACCCCCGGUAG